UCCCUUCAUUAAUUGCUCCAUCUCGCUGACGGAGCUCUGCUGCUGCCUUCAAGAAGCAGAUGAGAGAGAAGAGAGUGAGGGAAAAGCCCAUUGCUUUCGCUUCGAUUUUCUCCAAGAACUCCAUCGAGAGAGGGAGAGAGAGAGGCGACUAGGAAGGAGGACUCCACAAAGAAGGGAGCAACUCCGAUCCGUGUGCCGGCAGCGAGUUUCCGACGACGAGGAGGAGGAGAGAGAAGCUGGGCAGGGGGAGCCGAGGUCCAUGCCCGCUUCCUCGGUUGCUGCGUGAGACGGCCGUAGGUAGGAGGGGUCGUGAAGCGGGGAUGACGGGGGUGGUGGUGGUUUCCAGCGCGGGGUGCAAGGGCGGCGUCGGCGGCGGGGGGAAGAGGGCCGCCGCCGCCGCCGGCGGCGGAGGUGGCGGCGGGGAGGAGGAGCGACGGCGGCGAGCGGCGGUGCUGGAGCUGCUGCUCGCGGCCGUGCGGCGCUCCGUGGUGGCGUGCCGGGUGGAGCGCGGGGCCGCCGGCGGAGCCGGGUGGCCGGCGAGGGAGGAGGAGGACGACGACGACGACGCGGCGGUGGUGCUCGGGGAGAUGGAGAUUGGCUGGCCGACGAAUGUCCGCCACGUCUCCCACGUCACAUUCGACCGCUUCCACGGCUUCCUCGGCCUCCCUAGCGAGUUCGAGGACGAGAUGCCCUGCCGCGUGCCCAGCGCCAGUGCCAGUGUUUUCGGUGUCUCGGCUGAAUCAAUGCAAUGCACGUAUGAUGGCAAGGGAAAUUCAGUCCCCACGAUAUUGCUUCUCAUGCAGGAGAGGCUGUAUGCCCAGGAGGGGCUGAAGGCUGAGGGUAUCUUUCGCAUCAAUCCAGAGAAUGACCAAGAGGAGCACGUGAGGGAUCAGCUGAACAAAGGAGUUGUACCUGAGGACAUUGAUGUUCACUGCUUGGCCAGCCUGAUUAAGGCAUGGUUCAGGGAACUUCCAGAAGGUGUCCUUGAUGGCCUCUCCCCUGAACAAGUGCUUCAAUGCAAUUCUGAAGGGGAGUUCCUUGACCUUGUGUCGAUGUUGCGCCCCACUCAGGCAGCACUCCUCAAUUGGGCUGUCGAGCUGAUGUCUGAUGUUGUCGAAGAGGAGGAACUCAACAAGAUGAAUGCUAGGAACAUAGCCAUGGUGUUUGCCCCCAACAUGACACAGAUGUCAGAUCCAUUGACAGCCCUGAUGCAUGCCGUCCAAGUCAUGAACUUUCUCAAGACACUGAUCUUGAGGACGCUUCGGGAGCGUGAUGAUGCAGCGACUGGAGAGUACACACCAUACUCAUCUCCAGCAUCAUCCAGUCAGCAUGAUUAUGCCGAGUGCUGCUAUGGCAGCGAGCGGGACAUGGACAGGAGCUGUGAGCUGAGCGACAUGCACAGCCAGAUCAGCAAGUCUGGGCGACAUGCAGACUAUCUCGUACGCUAUAACACCUGUUUCGACAGCGAACAAGAAAUAGAUGACCAUCUGAGUGAAGUUGAAGAAGGUUUCUUGCAUCGGUUGGAGUGUGUUCUUGAAGCAGAAAGACCAGAGGAAAGCACAAGAGAGCACUGCGAAAUAAUCUCAGAGGCCAUGGCCGUGGAGGAUGCUGAGCUGAAAGCUGAAACCAAAGCAGUGGAGGGACAGAAUGAAGAGGUUGCAGAACAGCUAUAAUGAUGGAUGAUGGAAGUUCUGUGUUUUCAGGCAGUAAAUCUUGUGAUUGUAACUACUGAGCACUGACCAAUGGUCUCUAUCCAACGCCUGGUUGAAUGUAUUGCUCCAGUGUAUGUGUAUGGUGUAAACUUGGCUUAUCCUAUGGAUGCAUGGUGCCCCUUGGUUACCUGGGACUAUUCAUGGAAAUGGUCAUUAUGUGCAGGCUCAUCUGUAACAUGAGCCCUUAACUCAUCUAA